ACGCUUUAAUCGAUCUCAGCGCCUAUGAUUGGACUAGCGUGUGAUUGCUCUGGUCUGUGGAAUGUGUGUGUGUGUCAUUUUUACAGUUUCUUCCCAGCUCUGUUUCCCUGUUGUUGUGCUAUUGUCGCUGGAUUAUAAGCACGCGACGAUCAGAUUCGCAGGUUCGUGUGAUAUAUAUCCUACUAGAGAAAAGUACGUGUGGUUUUGUGAGGAGCAGAGGACAAUGGAAAUGUCUACUGGUUGUGAGCUCUUUUGAGUGGUGCCAUGAACAGUUCGAGUGCUAGCCAUGCAGAGAAACUUAGGGCCCCAUCUUCCUCCUCUUCGUCUCGUCCCUCAGUGGCCCCUAAGCUGCAGGUGCAACGCUCACUUUCUCGAGAUACCAUUACUAUACACUUUUCUGCAAAGGGAAAUGAGGAAGAGGAGGAGGAAGAGGAGCUGUACAGGUUGGCUCUUUCGCCUUCCAUUCUUGAAACUGAAGAUCAGAGUAUAAUAACUGCUCAGGAGGCUAGUGAGGAGCUCCUCUCUGAAGGAUUAGAGGUAGACAUUGUUAAAGAAGUACCAUCUACCAUAGUCCCCCAGAUCCACAGCUCUGCCUUGGCUAUACAGCAUCCCUCCAUUAGCCUCUGUUGCUCAUCCAAUUCUAGUCCUGUUAGCUUUUCAUGGCCCUCAGAACAAAAGUUGACUUCCCCCUUGUCUUCUGCUCAUUCGGCCUCCUACAGCUCAUCCCCAGCCAAGUCCUCUGCUCUACCAUCAAAACCUUUCCUCAGCCUGGUGAAGUCUCUCUCCACUGAGGUGGAAUCUCGUGAGGCACCCCCAGCUGCCCCCCCAGCAAUGAGGCAUCGUCAUCUGAUGAAGACCCUAGUUAAGUCUUUAUCCACUGACACAACCCGACCUGAACCAGAGUCUUCAUCUGCUACCCGGCCCCAAGAUUCACGCCUCAAUCUGCAUCUUUUCAAACCAUUCACUCAACCUCGUGUUCCCCCUGCCAGUGGAGAUUCAAAAACUGCUCCUUCUUCCCCCCUUACCUCACCCGACAGCCGCUCCUUCUUUAAGGUUCAGGAGGUGGAGGCACGUAUUGAAGACACAAAGCGGCGCCUAUCAGAGGUCAUGUGUGAGCCCCUUCAGCUGCUCAGCAAAAUCAUUGGUGAGGAAUCUAGUAGUGUCAGCACAAACACUUCCACAUCCACAACAGCAGGAGUCUCCUACCGGUCCAGAAACCUUUCCUCGAGUGCCUCUGACCUCUCCAAUCUGUCUGCCCUCAAUGGCCACUCGGAAAGUAACAACAACUACUGCAUCAAGGAAGAGGAAGACCUGGAGGCUGACAGUCCUCAAGAGGGUGCAGCCAUUAAAUUGCCUUUGCACAGAUCACCCUCACUAGGUUUGGAUAGGUGUUUCAUGUCAACUCUUGCCCGUCAGGAAGAUGAAGAAUUCUGCGAGCUCUACACUGACGACUUUGAGCUCUGCACUGACACAGAGCUGGAUGGAAAGGGCCUUUAUCCAUCACAGGUUCGACGAGAGAGUACUGGGGGAUGCAGUGAAGAACCAACUGAAGGAGGAGAAGAAGAGGAAGAAGAAGAUGAGUCUCCAGAAGUACCUCACAAUGGACUGAUUCUUCUAAUAUCUUUAGUCUAUGGUUGCUUUGUGUUGCCACUCCCUACCUACGUGGGUUGGUUGUUAAUAGGAAUAGUGUCAGGGUUCAUGGUGGCAAUACUUGUUGUGUGGUUAUCUGCAAGGCACAGAUCUUCAAGAAGUCGUCAUGGCAGCUGGUUCAGAAAAGAGCAAUGGAAUCGAGUUCCUCUGGAUAUCAAAGAACCAGGCAUCUACAAGGGCUGGAUGAAUGAGAUCUACUGCUAUGAUCCAGAGACGUAUCACGCCACACACACUCACUCUGUGUAUGUGCGCCUGGAGGGUUCCGUUCUGCGACUGUCCAAACCGAACCGCAAUAUCCCCCGUCGAGCAACUUUCAACGAGCCCAAACCUGAUGUCACCUAUGUUAGCCAGAAAAUCUAUGACCUCACCAACAGUAAGAUAUACCUGGUGCCUCAAGGACUUGCCAGGAAGCGUGUGUGGAAUAAGAAGUAUCCCAUCUGCGUUGAACUGGCCCGACAGGAUGACUUCAUGUCUAAAGCCCAUGGAGAUAAGACUGAGGUGAUGGAGGAGAAGACCUCUGCUGCAGGAGACAGGACUGAGGGACUCUGCACUAGUGAAGAACCAAAGAAAGCGUACACAGAGCCUGUACUCUACCUCUUCGGGAGGACAGGAAGAGACAAAGAGGAGUGGUUUAGAAGGAUGCUGUUUGCAUCUAAACUCAAGUCAGAAGUCAUUAAGUCCUCAGGCCUGCCUAUAAGUUUGUCUUACAGCCGCAGAUGUAGUCGAGGAAGUUUGGAUGAAGGGAUCCAGUCUCACCCCAGACAAAAGGAUCUUGGUGCCAGUGUCAAACAAAAAGUUUUAGAAUACAACAUCUACAUGGCCAAAUAUGUUAGUCAGUCUACAGUAAGCCCUGUCACAAGCCCUGUACAAAGCGCUGGAAGCAGUCCAGGAACAGUUAAGAAGUUUCCAGCCAGUGGUGGGCAGGAGUCUGAGGCUUGGGUCAAUGCUCUCUUGGGUCGCAUCUUUUGGGACUUUCUUGGAGAGAAAUACUGGGCAGACAUGGUGUCCAAAAAGAUUCAGAAGAAGCUGAGUAAGAUUAGGCUCCCAUACUUCAUGAAUGAGCUAACACUAACCGAGCUGGACAUGGGCAUGUCGAUUCCCAAGAUCCUCAGUUCCUCCAAACCAUCGGUAGAUUACAGAGGCCUUUGGAUUGACCUGGAGAUCUCCUACACUGGGUCCUUUCUCAUGAGCCUUGAAACCAAGAUGAACCUGACUAGACUUGGAAAAGAGGGAGAAGGUAUUGGAGAACAGGGAAAAGAAGGACUCAGACAGCGCACUUACUUCCUGGCUGACAGUGAUGAGGAGUCAUCCAGUGCUGGAUCAUCUGAUGAGGAAGAUACUGCAGAAGUGCCUGAACCUUCAGGACUGGAGGGUUACUCCGUGGGACACCGACCCAGCAAAAUCAUGCGCUUUGUAGACAAGAUCACAAAGUCUAAGUACUUCCAGAAAGCCACAGAGACUGAAUUCAUUAAGAAGAAGAUGGAAGAAGUAUCUAACACCCCACUGCUCUUGACUGUGGAGGUGCAGGAGUGUCACGGGACUCUCGCUGUCAAUAUUCCACCUCCUCCAACGGACAGGAUAUGGUAUGGCUUUAGAAGACCUCCUCAACUGGAACUGAAGGCUCGGCCUAAACUGGGAGAGAGAGAGGUCACUUUUGCUCAUGUUACCGACUGGAUAGAGAAAAAACUUGAUCAAGAGUUUCAGAAAAUCUUUGUAAUGCCAAACAUGGAUGAUGUCUGGCUGCCUAUCAUGCACUCUGCUAUGGACACGCGGUCAAAUACCACGAAGGAUGAAGAACAACCGGACCCUGAAGAAUCUCUUGAAGACAUGUGACGUGUGUGACACGUUUUUAUCAAUUAAAAAAUACCUGGGCUUACAAUUACAGGUGCCCUAGAGCUGUGAAAAAUCUCAAUACAAAUUAAAAACAAAAUUAGAAACAAAAGGAAUAAAGCAUUUGCCAGUUUGCUUCUAAUUUGACUAGGAGAUACUUUUUCUCUCGGGAGGGUUUUAUGACAUUGGUGACAGCAGAACAGUAGCUGGGUUUCCAUCAAAACGUGUAACAAAUCUUUUAAAAAUUCAGAAAAAGGAAAUGCAGGGCACUAGCAGCAAGGACAUUGCGACAACCUCGAGCCCCAUAUAUGGGAAAGACAACGUCAGCUGAUACACGUGGCUUUAAUGUUCGCUACAUCGGAAUUUAUUCAGCAAAUACGUUUCCGUCUCCCAUUAUUCGCAUGUACUCUUUUUCGCAUAACUCAAAAACCACCUCAUGCGGGCGUAAAAAAAACUGUAUUUUUAUUCAAAAUUUGAGAUUUUUAAUGCAAAACUUUAAAAUGCGCAUAAAAUCAGUGCAAUGGAAAUCCAGCUAGUGCGUCUGGAUGCACAUGCUGCUGGCUAUCAUGGUCACAUGGCUUGGAUAGGGUGAUCUUCUCAUCAAAUAGGAAAAUACGGUUUCAGUAAAGUAUAAAAUAUCCCUAAAAACUGUAAGCCUGCAGGAGAUGUAAGUUACAAGAGCAGCAUAGGAGCAGGAAAGGCUGAGUGUGAAGUCUGUGCCACCUCUCUUUGACGCAUACUGCCUUACCGAAAGUCCAGAGACUUUGGCAGUCCGAGCAUCUUAGCUCAUACAUUAGAACGCAUGAAGUGAUGCAUUUAUGUCUCCAGUAGACUGGGCUGGACAGACUGAUCUAUCUGAAGACUCUGUGGACUUUUGGUAUGGCAGAGUGCUACCUUAUCUUAUGAUGUGCAUCCUCAUGAUGUACUGUAUAGUAUAACUACAAACAGCAGUUAUAAUUCUAACAUAAACUAACAUAAGCCAAAGGGCACAUUUCUGAGACUUGCAUUAGUGAUUUAAUGAUUGUAAUAUGCUUCUAGACACUAGGCGGCCUACUAGAUCCAUCAUUAACCUUCCACCAUUCACUGCUGCCUGAGCCCUCUGUGCGGCCUCCGAUUAUGCAAUGAGAUCAAUUUCACUGUGCUGAAGAGGGACACCAGCCAAUAAGCCCUUAUCCCCAAGUGAUCCCUAUAGAAGCAGCCUACUCCAAAGGAUAUAGGGUUCAAGAGCUUUUCAUGUAAGACAUCUCUAGUCAGUCAUUGCCCCUUAGCGACUUUCAAAGGGUUUUCAACUGGUGGGUCUUGGCCCCAAUUUUUGAAACGCUAAAUGCAAUUAAAAGGCACAAUAUCUGAGAUUUUUGCGUUAAAAUGUCUGAAAAUCACUAGCACUUUGUUAUAUAUUGUGUUUACUCGUGUACUUACAUUGUUUUCAUUCGAAAUGUUUUUAACAAUGUUUUGAGUCCAGAGAAAUUCACAAUUUCACUUAUGUGGUACUUUGAUGUCAUACGCGUGUUGAACACACCUUUGCUGCCGCGUUUAGGUCCACUUAAUAUGCCUUUUCCCCUGCUAAAUUUCUUCCAUCUCAUUUACACUGAUGUACAUCUUUGCUUACAUCAGUGGUUCUUUACCUUUUGCGGACCUGGUAUAAUAACUCAUUUGUAUUACACUGUUUAACGUGUAACAUGAAAGAGUCUGCCCUGCGUUCCAAUUCACAUACAGUAAUAUUUCAGCAGUUAUAUAUAUAAAAAUUCCCUUAUGAUCCAGGGUCACACAUAUUCUCUUCUAUAUACUAUACAUUUAAUAUUUUUAUUCAAAUGUUAUUUUCCUGUAAAGCUGCAUUGAAACAGUGCAACAUCAUAAUACAGUGCUAUAUAAAUAAAUUUGACUUGAUUUGACUUCAUUUGGUGUUGCACUACGCAAACCAAUCUGUGGAUGUACAAAUCAUGUUCAUGAAUGACAUAAAAAAGCUUUAAAACAGUAUUUUUUUAAGGUAAUAACAACAAAGUAUCGUGCAUGACGUAAAAACCCUACGCUCGGCGGCAAUACUCAUGCAGUACUGCACAGAUCAAUUGGUGAAUGACAUCAAAGUAUUACAACAAAGAAAUCUCCCAUCAUUCCAUGCUUCUUUAAAGCAUCAUAAAGCUACAUCAGUGUUGUUGUUUUUGCUACCUCUAAUGGCGAAUAUUGCAUAUUGUGCCUUUAAAUGCAUCGAACUAUAUAAUUACACCGUUGGAAAAGAUGCAUAGAAUGAUCAGUUUUGAAAAAGGAAAAGCAUUUUAUGCUUUUUUAGUUUGAUUCUGUCCUCACCAGUCUGCAUGAUAUGCCCUUGUCCUUGACAAUCGUGAAGAAAACAACGCAAGGGACCAGACUACAAUGAAUAUAGACUUACUGGAAACAACGUUUGUAAAAUUCAAUAUUAAACAUGCCAAUUUUCCCAUUCAACCAGUAAUCAUUUUGCACAUUCCUGUUUAUGAAGUUUGUGAUUAUGUAAAUUAGUUUUUAAUUGAUAUAUUUAUGUUUGUAUGAUCAUUUUGGUACUUUAGUCACUACUUGAUUAUCCAAUGGAAAAUCUGGGUCUUGAACCAACUGCACUAUAUGCUAAAUUGCUCUUGAGAUCAUUAACAUCAAGUGCUAUUCUAUUUUCAGUCAUACUUUAUAUUAGGUGGCCUUAUUACUAUAUGCUUGCCAUUUGAUACAGUUUGCUUAUUAUGUAAGUGCAUUGUAAUUACAUUUAAAGUACUCGCACUUACUGUAAUUAAUAUGUGUAGGUUCACUUUUAAUGUUACACUUAACCAUAACCCAACCCUUACCCCACAAUCUAACCCUAACCAUGCCUUCACUCCUAAACUUGAGACCACAUCUCAAGCUCAUUAGCCGUAAAUUCCCAUAACAACAUGUCGUUUUACAGCAAAUCCACAGCCUUGCAGGUACGUUAGUACAUAAUAGUUAAGGCCGCCUAAUAUAAAGUGUGACCCUAUUUCCAACUACAAUGAACCCGUAUGUUGUAGCCAUGUGACGUUUGUUGAAUGUACAAAUACUUGCAUCAGCCAUUUUGUCCAUGUUUCGUUAAUAUUUGUGUUAUUUCCUGUACGGUUAAUUUUUAUUUCCUGUGCUUGCUUUCAUGUGCAUUAAGUCACAUUAAAUAAUUUUUAUUUGACUAUUAGUGGCCAUUUAAGAUACAAGUCUCGGUUAUAUCUAAUGUACCUGUAAAUGUUUUGAGAGUCUCUAUCUUAGCUGGUGCUAAGGUGUCUACGAACAUGAAUUAUGAUUUUUCAAAUAUCUACAUUACAUGUGCUUAUAUUUCAAUUUGUUUUGUUAUGCUACAUUAUUGCCAUUCAUAACUGAUCUUGUGCAAUCCCCAGUUGCCAUAUCUUUUACACUUUGUAAAAAUAUUGCUUGAAUUGUGUUCAUAUGUGACAACAUGAUUGUGUGUAAAAAUUGAUAAACAGCUUUUGCAAAAUAA